AUGGUGACAAUUUGGCUUCUAUAUCUGAGUCAAUCUCUAAAUAAGAUCUUAUUCUUUAUAUUAUAUAUCUUUGGACUAGGACCUGAAUAUGAAUCCAUCAUUACUGUUAUUACUAACAGACCUAAUUUUGAAACUUUAACUAUCAAUGAUAUACUUGGAUUAUUGUUGAAUCAUGAGGCAUGGUUGGAGCAGCACAAGCAACCCAUUUAUGAAAAUAGUCCAUUAGCAAAUCUUGUAGAAAAUUUCAAUAAUAACAGGUCAAAGAACUCGUGGAAUCAAAAACCAUUUAAUGGCCAUGGUGGUUUUCCUCAAACACAUGGUUGUGGUCAUGGUGGCAGAGGUCGUAAUGGUAAUCCAAAUCCUUCCAAUACAUCUAGUGGCAGAGGCAAUGGAGGCGAUCGAGGCAAAGGUGGUACGCCCUCCAUUGUUUGUCAGGUUUGCAGCAAGCCGGGUCAUGGCAUAUUAACCUGUAGAAGUCAUUAUGACCUUUCAUAUCGAGAGGAACAACAAUUGAAUUCUACUGAGCCUGCAGCAUAUCACACUGGAAUGAGUUCUGAAUUCAAUCCCACUUGGUACCCAAAUUCAGGUGCCACGCAUCACCUCACUCAAGACUUAGAAAAUUUGCAGAACAAGUCUGAGUAUUCUGGUCCUAAUCAAGUAACCAUUGGUAACGAAACAAGUUUGAGAUUUCUGAGUAUUGGAUCAUCUUCUCUUCAGUAUACUCAUCAUAGUUUUGCACUGCAUAAUAUAUAUCAUGUGCCACAUAUUACAAAGAACUUGCUAUCAGUGAGUCAGUUCACAAAGGAUAAUGAACACUUCUUUGAGUUUCAUCGUGACUGUUUUCUUUUGAAGGAUUAUACAAGGAGAGUUCUAUUCGAGGAACUAGUAGAGAUGGGUUAUAUCAAUUUCCUAGUACUGCUCAAGUCAAGAAUAAAGUUGCAGUGUUUGUUGGAGAAUGUACAACCUUUUUGGGAUGGCACCAAUGAUUGGGACAUGCAACCUUCAAAGUUGUGA